CGGGGAUGGAGAGCCGGCUGCCGCGCGCCGGAACCUGCUGAGCCGCCGCCGCUGGGGUCCAGCUUACACUUACUUGGACAAAAACAAAUUUGGAAGCAAUUACUUGAGGAUUGUUCUGCAUAGCAUCUGGAUAGUCAAAGCAGGCACAAUGAAGCACUUCCUGAGAAUGUUGAUCCAGGUGUGCCUGUACUUUUACUGUAAGUUUCUGUGGCGCUGUCUGAAAUUUGUGAUGAGGAAGCUGACAGGACGAUGUGAACUGCAGCGGAUCUGUUACAAUACCAAGCCUGGAGCUUCUAGAACCAUGAAAAUUGAAACAUCCCUGAGGGAUUCAAAAAGUAAGCUGCUGCAGACUUCUGUGAGCGUUCACCCUGAUGCUAUUGAAAAGACUAUAAAUGACAUCAUGGAAUUGAAAAAAAUUAAUCCUGACAUAAAUCCACAGUUGGGCAUCUCUCUUCAGGCUUGCCUUCUGCAAAUUGUUGGGUACAGAAAUCUUAUUGCAGAUGUUGAAAAACUGCGUAGAGAACCCUAUGAUUCCAAUAAUCCCCAACAUGAAGAAAUGCUUUUGAAGUUAUGGAAAUUCUUGAAGCCCAAUACUCCACUAGAAUCUCGGAUCUCUAAGCAAUGGUGUGAAAUUGGUUUCCAAGGCGAUGAUCCUAAAACAGAUCUUCGAGGAAUGGGAUUUCUGGGACUGUACAAUUUACAGUAUUUUGCGGAAAGGGAUGCUACAACAGCUCAGCAGGUCCUUUCUGACUCUCUUCAUCCAAAAUGCAGCAAAUUCAGCAAAGCAGAAUGGGAAAAGAAAAGAAUGGAUAAAGCAAUUGGGUACUCAUUUGCAAUUGUGGGCAUCAACAUAACAGAUCUGGCAUAUAAUCUACUGAUCAGCGGAGCUCUAAAAACCCACUUCUACAACAUCGCCCCAGAAGCUCCAACAUUGUCCCACUUCCAGCAGACGUUCUGCUAUUUGAUGCACGAGUUUCAUAAAUUUUGGAUUGAAGAGGACCCCAUGGACAUAAUGGAAUUUAAUCGUGUGCGGGAGAAAUUCCGCAAGAGGAUCAUAAAACAGCUGCAGAGCGAUUGCACUUCUCGGUAUAUAGAAAAAAAAAAAAAAAAAGAAAAAAAAAAAAAACAGCUGCAGAACCCAGACAUGGCAUUGUGCCCACAUUUUGCUGCCUCAGAAGGUUUAAUCAACAUGUAGUCGCGCACGCUGCUUUUGAUGGAUACCCUGGAACACUGCCUCAUUGUCAUGUUAGAUCUCUGUUUAGGUCACAGCUCACACUCUGAACGCACACAGUGAUUGUAUGCAUGCCUUUUGAUACAGUAUUUUCAUCUCUUGUUCAUAAUUACCAGAUCUCCAGAUACCACUAUUCUAGAGUACCUGUCAUCCAGUGACUGCUCAUUUUGUGGCAUUAUGCAGUUACAUCUUGCCUUGACAUCCAGGAAAUGCACAUUGCAGUAUUAAGUGUUCAAGAAGCAUUUCAAGAAACAUGAUGUAUACAGCCUACACUGAAGCAUUCUGAAAAUGAUUGACAGUAAGACAGAUACAAGGGCAGACGGACAGAUAGAAUGAUAUGGCAACUGUAGCAAACUGUUAAAAUUAGUAGAUCUGUGUAUCUGGGGCAGGCAGAGAUAUGUUGG